AUGUGUGACAUAAACUCAGCAGUAGGGCGUAUCAACAGCAGAUACAAUGAAUGUGAAACUAACAACAGAGGAAAAAAAUCAGAAUUUUCAGGUCUAGCACUAGCUCUGUAUCUUAAUCUCAGUUUACAAGUAAUCUCAUCACAUUCACUGCAUGAACACUACUCUUUUCAAAAUUACCAACCGGACAAUGCCGUCUGUAUUCCCACCCCUCUCGCAAAGCCACAUCAUUGUCUUCUCCCUCCGAACCACACGAUUGCUCGUCAUCCCAACUUUCCGCAUCCUCCUCGUGCCCGCAAGAAAACGAAUCCGAUGAUUCAUCAGAACACGAGCUGUCAUCCACAUCACUCUCCGAAUCCAACAACACACACUCACAAUUGUCAAACUCGUUCACACAAUAAUAAUCCAAGUCACUACCCAAACCAUCGAGAAACGGGUGUUCCAAAAGCAGCUCGGCUGUCAGCCUGUACAAAGGCUUCCUCUCGAAACAACACCUCAGAAAAUGCCGCGCGUCCUUGGGUACCUCGUUGGGAACUUUCGGAAUUUCCAAUCCAGACCCUAACUUUUCCAGAAUUUCCUCCUUGCUCCUCCCUUCCCACGGUGCCUUCCCAGUCAGCAUCUGAAGCACGACGCAACCGAGCGCCCAAAUAUCAGAAACGGCCUCCUGCUCGUCCCCUGUCACGGCCUCAGGGGAUAAGCGUGCCUCUCCAGCGACAAGCCUCCUCCCCGAAUUUCCUCUUCUUGCAAUUUGACCGUUUUGCCCUCUUUGCCAGCCCAAAAUCCCCGAUUUUUGCGGUGAAUACGGUGCCAGUCGUCCUGAUUUUUCGGUUUCUUGGCACGAGUAGAAUAUUACUCGGCUUUAGGUCACAGUGGACGUAA